UUCUCCGCAGUUCGGAAGCUGCAAACCCUGCAUCCAGGCUGGGAGCCUGGGUCCCUACCCAGCCGAGCCUCCCACCCCCACCCCAGGCAUUCCUGCCCCUUCCCCUUGCCCCCCGCAGGUAACCCAAUCCCCGGGCAGAUUCCAGAUCUCUCUGUGCGGGGCUCCACCCACCAGGUGAUCCGUCACCGCAGGGCCCCCAGAUCCCCCUUUCAGAACUUUUCCACUCUGCUCCCCCCACCCUCCAUCUGUGAGACAAAUAUUUUCCUACAGCGAGCAGCUCCAGAAUCCUAAACUCGCUCUGGAUAAUUAUCACUUUCUUAGAUUUCAACAAAUGGCUUCGUGUGAAACCCCAGCCAUCCCCUCCCUUUGAGAAAAUCCGAAUUCUCUUCUCCCUGCCUCCCUGGAGACGGGCUGCAGCCCAGCUAGGUCUGUUGGUUAAAGGUGGAGGAAGUUGAAUCUACCCAGACUUCCCUUCCCAACUCCUGUGUGCCCUCUGGUGUCUGGGGAGGAGGGGUGGGGAAAGCCUGGGCCGGCUGGGGAGAGGGCUCUGCAAAGAGAUGGAGGUUAGUCAAGGACCCAGCCACUGGGAAGCCACCUGGGAACCCUGGAGCCAUCCAUUUCUGAACUGAACAGAGAGACCCCAGCUGGAAUGAGCAGAGGGCACCCUUUGUGGGGCCGGGGGCUGUAGAAAUGAGUCAGGAACUAGGAAGGGGCUGGAAUGCAGUGAGGAAAGCAGGGAUUUCCAUCCUUCCUUACCAUUAGUUCUGCUUGCAGUCUGACCACAGUAUUUCUUGUAAUCAUGUCAGCCUUUCUUGCCCUACCCUUGUUGAAAUUAAAGAUCCAGGACUUCCCUGGUGGUCCGAUGGGGACCCCGCACUCCCAGUGCAGGGGGCCUGGGUUUGAUCCCUGGUCGGAGAACUAGAUCCCGCAUGCAUGCCUCAUGCAGCAGCCAGGAUCCCGCGUGCCACCAAGAUCCUGCCAAAGGAUAACAAUUUUCCCUUCAGAAACCUAGAUGCCAUUCCAUCCCCCGACUUCUCUGGAUUCUGGCCCCUCUCCCCAGUGGAGGAGGCAGUGGCCUGGCACACCCCCAGGCCCCAGCUGGAGGAUAAGAUCCCAAACCCAACCUUGUUGUCUGUCUGUCCUCAGUCUGUUUGUCCUCCCUGCGGGGUCUCUCAGAGCCACGUGCCCUCCUCAGGGCUUGCUGUGGGGCAGAUUGAAAACAGACCCGUUAGACAAACACAGUCCUGAAUCAGCCAACGUUGGCUGAGCCUGGCCCCAGCACCACAGGUACCAGAAGCGGGCUGGAGGGGUGUCUCCUCUGGACCUAGCCUUGCUUCCGCAGGAAUCUCAGUCCCUUCUCACCCCUCUUUGUCCUAUGCAAGAGUCUCCCUCCUGGGGAGGGAUGCUCAGGUAUUUGGGGGAUACCCGUCCCAUCCAGUAUGAUGGUUACGACACAUAGCUAGCAGCUCCUGUUCCUAUAACGGGAAAGAUGGAUAACAGGAUGGACUUCCCGGGUAGCACCAGAGAGUGAAGUAGUCUUUUUGUCCAAGGAGGUGGAGUGGGAUAUGUCUCUUUUACCAAGUCAAUUAGUCCUGGGAACCUCAGUCAUUUCUCCCUGGACCCAAGAGAUUGGCAGCCAAGAAGUGGGCUCCUGGGGCUCCUGAGGGACAGGGCUUCCUCCCACUCCCUUCUGUCUGGAAUAGAGUGGGUCUGCUCUGGUGCCGAGGGGAAAGGGGAUUUGUUUCUUCUCUAGGGACCCAGGUCUGGAGGAGGGCCAGGGGGUCUGGACCGCAUUGGGAGGUAGGGAAUCCCACUUGCCUGGCCCAGCCCAGCUUGGCCCCUCAUCCCACCCAUUGCUUCCCUGAAGCGUUCUGCUCCAGUUCAGGGCAGGAGGCCAGGCCAGGUGAAGGGUGUAGAGCUUGGACCUGGGCCCUGACUAGAGGUGCCUCCCUGCCUGCUUGACUUCCUGCCAGAGGGCUGCUCUCUCUGGCUCCUCCACUCCUUUUAAAUAACUAGGGAAUAGAGAGAAGGGGUCCAAUCUGGGAAAGGAUAGGGGGACAGGCACAGCGACUCUGAAUCCACAGAGACUGAAUGAGAAGACCUGACCCCUGAAGUUGGGUGGGUGUUCCUGGAGUCGGGCCCACAUCAGGGGAGGGGAGGGGAGUGUCCCUUUCUGUUCCAGGAGGGCAGGUGGGCAGGAGUCCGAUGCAGGGAACUUUGUCUGAGCCCCAACUCUGGCUUCUUCUUUGCCUUCCUUUUAUCAGUGAAAAUAACAACAACAAUAAGAGUAGCUAUUGUUUCCUGAAAACAUAUAGAUGUGCCUGGCACUGCGUGUGCUAGGGCCUAAACACACAUCAUCCCAUGUGAUAGGCUCUUGAAGAAGUUACUGUCUCCAUUUUACAGUUGUGGAAUCUAAGGCUCAGAGAGGUUAAGCCAUUUGCCCAGGGUCACCCAGCCUGCAAGGGAGGGUGAGCCAGGUGGAAAUCAUGGCCUAAUGGAUCUUAUUUCACAGCCGGUGGUGUCCCCAGGCUUCUAACCAUUCUGUAGGGGGAAACAGCUGUCCCACCUCUUCCCCUGCUGAGAAUCCCUGCUCCUUCUCAUCCUGGGGAGGGACAGAGGCUCAGCAAAUAAAGGCCACAAGACAGGGGAGGUGAGUGGGCAGAGAGGGAAGUGGCCCCUACUCCAGGACGUGAGUAGUGAGGCCUGGCUGGGGAAGGCCUGCCCUGCACGUGGGCGGGGGUGCAGACGCAGUGACUCUGAUGAGCCCACCCCAGCAGAUGGUCUCCAGCAGGAUGGACAAAGGACCAAAAGUCAGGUGAAUUGAGCCAAGGUGAGCUGUCGCAGGAUGAGAGGAAUAGGGGGAAGCUGCCCCCAAGAACCGAGUGAAGAGCUGAGACUUGGGGAUCCCGAUCCAGGGCUGCUGACUCAUCCAGGGGUGAACGUGAUGCUGAGGAAGAUCGCCGUGGCUGCAGCAUCCAAGCCAGCAGUGGAGAUCAAACAGGAGGGAGACACUUUCUACAUCAAAACCUCUACCACCGUGCGUACCACAGAGAUCAACUUCAAUAUUGGAGAAGAGUUUGAGGAGCAGACUGUGGACGGGAGACCCUGUAAGAGCCUGGUAAAAUGGGAGAGUGAGAACAAAAUGGUCUGCGAGCAGAGGCUUUUGAAGGGAGAGGGUCCCAAGACCUCCUGGACCAGAGAACUGACCAAUGACGGAGAGCUGAUCCUGACCAUGACGGCGGACGACAUCGUGUGCACCAGGGUCUAUGUCCGAGAGUGAGUGGCUGUGGCCCAAGAGCCGCCAGAGCCUGCCACCAGCCCAUGCUCCCUGCUUCACUGCCCCAUGGGCUGCCCCUCCCCCAUUCCUUCCUUCUAGGCUAGCUCUCCCCUCAUCCCAGUCACUUCUGGGGGUGCUAGGAUGCCUCCUGCAGGGGCUCUGCUUUUUUUGGCCCCUCCUCUCCUCCCAUACACCAACAAAGUGGGAUGGAUGGCAGGACCCCAGAUCACCCGUUCCAGAAUCACUCCCCCCAUCCCAAGUCAGCAGUCCCAGCCCCAAGCCAGCCCAGAGCACCGUCUCUCUCUUUUUCUGCAAGGGGACCUGAGGGCCCGACUGGGAAGACCGGCCCUCUGUCUUCCACUCUUUGUCCCUGUAGCCCAUACAGUGUAGAAUAUUUAUUGGUUAAUUUUAUUAAAAUGUUUUAGAAAAUAAAA